AUGUCUGAUCAAGACAUUCCUCCAACUGAAUACAAUGAAUUGAGAAAUAUCCUUAAACAUCAAAUUGAUUUAUAUAAUGCGUUGUAUCAGUUAAAAUCGAAAAAUGACCAAGAAUUAAACUCUAUUUAUGAAAAGAUCAAAACAAUUUUGAUUGGUUCAAAGAAAUAUCCUCCCAAAAAACUUUUAAGAGACAUUUUAAAUAUCAUCCAGUAUAAUAACCGCUAUACAAAGUCAUAUUUGAAACUUGCGAAACUCAUAUCAGAUGAUUAUCAAAUAAAACACGUCGAAAAUCUACCAACAUUACAUAACUUCCUGUUUUAUAAAGAAUAUGGAAUUAAAUUAAACAAAUAUGAUGAUUUCGAAAAAAGGAUAUUUAAUAAUUUAGAUAUUCAAACAGAAGAUACAAUUUGCAGAGCAAUUAUGGAUAAUGACCUAGAAAGAUUCAUCUUUUUUAUGGAAAGAGAAGAAUUUGAUAAAGAUCAAAAACUUAUUUGCGAAUUAUAUCCACUUGGACGAUUAUCAUAUAUUCAUGAUUAUUCUUUACUUGAAUUAUGUUGUUACCAUGGAGCGGUCGAUUGUUUCAAGUUAUAA